GUCCCCGAUGACCAUUGGCAGUUAUGCACUUGGCUUAUGUUUCUCCAUAUCCUCAGCAUGUCUCAUUUCCUGGAUAAUAUGGCGGGUUACGACUACAAGUCAGAAAUACCCAGCUUUGCGCUCUGUUGCAAUCCUUGUUUUGGGUGAUAUUGGUCGAAGUCCUAGAAUGAUGUAUCACGCUGAGAGUUUCGCAAAGAUCCAAUUUGACACCUUUCUUAUUGGAUACCGUGGUUCCAAACCUAUUCCAUCGUUGACCUCGCCGCCUCAUGUUCAUCUCCGUUACUUGGCAGAGCCCCCUUCUUUUGUCACGAAAAUACCCUUCAUUAUUGCAGCACCAGUCAAGAUUAUCCAUCAAAUAGCAACCAUAUUUUCUGUCCUCGCUUUUGAGAUUGCACGACCUCCAGAGUUCAUCAUGGUCCAGAACCCACCUAGUAUUCCGACGCUGGCGAUUGUGUGGAUAGUAGGUCACGCUCGGGGGAGCAAAGUGAUCAUUGACUGGCAUAACCUUGGUUAUAGCAUACUCGCACUUAAACUUGGAAUGGACCAUAUUUUCGUCAAGGUUGCCAAGAGAUUUGAAGCCUUUUUUGGGAAGAGUGCUUAUGCGCAUUUAUUCGUGACACAAGCCAUGCACGAUCACCUCGUAGAGAAGUGGGACCUAAAAGGGAAAAAGGCAGUGUUGCAUGACCGUCCCCCAGCCCAUUUUCACAAGACUUCGCCUCCAGAAGUUCAUGAGCUUUUUCUCCGACUUGGUUCUUCCUUGACCGUCCCUCUCCUUCAGUCUUUCCUCCCAGAGGCAUCUCCCCCUUAUACGACACCGUUCACGCAGACCGUGAACACAAGAUCAUCCAAGAACCAGCUUAACCCAACCUCGCCGACCACCUCAUCUCGCGUAGCUAUGCCAACCCUUCGCCCUGAUCGACCCGCUCUUCUCAUAUCAAGCACUUCAUGGACUCCUGACGAAGAUUUCAGUAUUCUUCUCGAUGCUUUGAAGCUCUACGAAAAUCGUGCGCGCGCGCUCAAUGACAAGAACACUGAUAACCAGACACCUGUUUCCACAAGGAAGUUGCCUCGUAUAUGGAUGGUAAUCACUGGAAAGGGUCCACUCAAGGAGAAGUACAUGGCUGAAGUCGGUAGGCUGUCAAAAGACUGGAAAUGGGUAAGGUGUACAAGCCUAUGGCUCGAGGCUGGGGAUUAUCCUUUGCUACUGGGUUCUGCUGACCUUGGCAUAUGUCUUCACUCGAGUUCCUCCGCUCUUGAUCUCCCCAUGAAGGUUGUAGAUAUGUUUGGUUGUGGUUUACCUGUCUGCGCACUGGAUUUUGCCUGUCUCAACGAGCUUGUCAAAGAUGGCCAGAAUGGUUUGGUAUUCAAGAAUGCUCAGCAACUGACUGAUCAUAUGGAGGCUCUCCUGGCCUCUUUCCCUUCUUCCCCUGCUCUAACAAAACUACGAUCUUCCCUAAUUAGUGCAUCAAACCCCCAACAUCUGGGCCUGGAUAUGCAUGGUGGUGUAGAGGGCUGGGAGUGGAAUAAUUGGGAGGAAAACUGGAAUAAAGUGGUGAAACCCCUGGUACUGAGCGAUGCUGGUAGAGAGCAGGAGCAGUGGAAGUAGCUAUUAUGAAGUGGUAUCGUCUGUUCCUCUUUUCCAGUUGAUCACUGUGGCUUUUAUUGAAUUUUUUUGCUAGAGUCAUAAAUGAUAGCUAUCCAUGCAUGGAUAUAUAAUCAAUCUACAAUUCUGUUCAUUUAAA